UGCAAUCGGCGCGUGGUAGUUGUGGCAACGAUGCGUUGCCAUGUCAUCAUCCACACAAACAAUUGGAUGGACCGCACCGCCAGCGGCACGAGGCUCUGCAAUAGCGAAAAAUGUCCCGCACACUGAAGAAGGAGUACCGCACUGCGGAUUUCGAGCAGCUGAGCCUGGUCAUCAGGAACCAUCCGCUGAUGAGGACCUCCACGGCGGAGCAGCAGCAGAUGCAGAAACUGCGGACGCCCGAGUAUCGCACCAAAUGCGUGAUGCGGGCCUCGCUUGAUGACAUUGCCCUGGGGAUCAAUCUCUACAAGCUGCAUCUGGGCGAGGAGAAGCCAAAGCCACCGUCUAUCCAAGAGACUUAUACCCCUGGCUCUGCUACGGCACCUGCUGAAAGGCCUCGCAAGUCGGCCAAAGCUCCUGCCACGCCCUUCAUCAAGGUGCUGCUGCGCAAGACGCCCACCGUGGUGCUGUUCGAGCGUCACAGCAUGACCGCCCUGGCAGACACCGAGGAGGGUCGACUGGUGCUCGAGGAUAAUCAGCGGUAUGAGGAACUGCUGGCGGGCACGGACAAGUCGCGACGCACCGUCGACUCGGACACCCAAACCAUUACGGCGCUGAAGAAGUCGCGCCUGGUGAACACGGAACGGCUGACCACCGAGCAGAUUGGCUCGUAUGUGUCCAACUUUGAGAUGUUCGACACGUACAAGGACCUGGAGACGUCCACGGCGAGUGUGCAGGUGCAGGGCGCCCAGAAUAUGGAGGUCACCACGUAUCGCGUGGGCGGUGUGGACCAGUUUGUGGCCAUUAACAGCCUGCCCAACUUCAAGCUGGCCCUAAUGCUGACCAUGCGCAUCCUGGCGAGCAAUGUGUACGAACCGCAGCAGCGGCGAUACCGGAAUAUGUCACUGCCCGAUCCGCUGGCCGAGGAUGUCAAGUUCAAGUACCGAUUGGGUCUUCUGUGGCGCCUGAGUCCACCCUCGCCGCUCCCCAGGGUCCAUCAAGCGGUGAGCGACGUGAGCUUCUGUCCCAGCAACGGCGACAUUUUGGCCGUGGCCUAUGGCGUCUAUAGCCAUGCCAAGAUGUCCCACUUGCCGCGUUGCGGCUACGUCUACGUGUGGAACAUCAAGAAUCCGGUGAACCCCGAACGCUGCUUCAACUACGAGGUGCCAGUGGUCACCGUGGAGUUCUCGCCAUCAGCUCCCCAGCUGCUGGCCAUCGGCCUACAUAAUGGCAGCGUCGAGGUACGCAAUAUAUCGCACCCGGAGCAGCCGCCGCUGGCCGUUUCCCAUCGCGGCAGCUCGCCGCACUUUGAGCCUGUGACGGCCAUCAAGUGGAUUCGAAUGGCAGGUGAUCAUGUGGGUGGCCCUGCCGUGAUUACACCCUUCCUGGCUAUAUCCCGGGCGGGCGCUGUCACCAAGUACCGUAUGAUCAACAGUCCCCAUCUGCUGGGCUUCGAACACCAGCGUCUGCAACGAGCCGAGGGCGAGCUGGAGGGUAUUAAGAUCGAUCGUCCGGUGCCGGCGGCCUCGCUGCUGGCCAAUCGACAUCCGCAGUGCCUCGAACUGGUGCUGGAUCCGGUGCAGGCGGACAUCUACUAUGUUCUCACAGACGAGGGGACCCUCUACAAGUGCUCCACCAACUAUCCGCUGCAGCAUCUGGAGCAGCGACAGGCGCACGAUGGCCCAGCCGUAGGCAUGGAGUUCUCGCCGUGGAGCCCCAAGCUGUACCUCACCUGCGGCAGCGACUGGUGCAUACGGAUUUGGCUGGCUGGCAUUCUCUCGCCGAUCAUCACGUUGCGCCACCAUCUGUCGCCCGUGCACUGCGCCCGCUGGAGUCGCACCCACUCCACCAUACUGGUCUCGCUCACCCGCAGCACCGUGGACAUUUGGGAUCUGCGCAACAGCACCCUGAAGCCGGUGUCCUCGACCACAAUAGAUGCCACCAUCUUCUACACAACCUUUCGGUUUGCCCACUGUGGUCGCUCUUUGGCGGUGGGCAACGAGGCUGGCAAUCUGCUGAUGCUUUCGUUCGAGGACAUGCCUUUUCCGCCGCACUUUCAGUACAAGCAGCUGAAGCGAGCCAUCUUCAAGGCGCUGGCCAUGGAACCUGAUCUCCGGCAGCAGGUGAAGAGUGUCGGCCACUUUGGCUAUCCCGCUGGCAACAAGCAGCCAAAGGCGUAUGAUUAUCAAUGA